AUGGACGCCACUGCUAGCGGCGAAGCUAACGACGUCGGGGCUUCCCAUCCCGCGAGUGAGAGGACAGAUAUUCCGAUCCCCCCUGGGAUAACGGAAGCCGCCGGACAAGCGCGCGACAGGCAAGUUCAAGAGGACAAGAAGCUCGGCGACCAAGCCGCCGAAAGCACGGAGCUCAACAAGAACACCGCCACCAGCGACCAAGCCAACCAAGACCAGGCUUCGCGUCUUCCGCCUGGUGCGAUUGCGAUUCCGUCCCCCCCGGGCAUGACGUUGGAGGCCUUUCUCGCGAUGCAAGAAACGAAAAGAAAGCAAUUUGAGCAAUAUUUGGAGGAGAGGAAACUCGCCGACGAAACAGCCAAGAAGACCGAGCUCAACAAGAAUAUUGCCAUGAGUGACCAAACGUACAGAAACGCAAAGACAAACAAGAAUGUCAAAUGUAAUUCAACAAAUAUCAUUAGCAUCCUUACUGCGGUAGAUCCGGUCUGUGCUAAUCAACGGACCCUCUUCAACAGGGGCCGACCCGAUCCAUCUGACGUUAGCUCAACCGUCAAGAAGCCAAUGUUCGUGCAGGCGGAGCUAGCGGAGGUACGUAGUGAAGGGUCUGCCCCGACCAGUCAGCUCGGUGGCCGUAGAAAACGGCCGCAUGAAACCCACUACGCCUUCUGUCAUGGUCGCAUCGGUCGGAGUUGGCGAUCUUUGACUCCCCGCCUUCCCCGGCGAUGGUAUACUUCUUUGCAGUCGGAAGCCUUGCCUAAAAGUUACCUGUCGCCAACGCAAUGA